AUGGAGGAAACCCUAGCCGUCGAAUCCGCCGCCGACGAGACGGCGUCCGCGCAGGCGCCUCAGCGGAAGGAAGAGACGCUCGAGGAGGUGCUCUCGAGGCACAGGAAAGAGAAAUCAAAACUCCAGGAUAAGGAAACAGGCCUCAAGAAAGCUGCUGCAAAAGGAAGCAAGGCUGAGCAGAAGGCAAAGAAAAAGCAGGUAGAGGAAGAGAUUACACGCCUCUCAAGAGAGUUAGAGGCGAAUCAUGCUGCAGAGCUUGCUUCCUUUGGGUACAAACCCUCUGGCAGCUCAGAUAAGGGAAACCUUGACAACUUAGUGAAGGCCAUAGCUGGUGUUUCAGUUUCCAGCAAUUCGGAUUCCGCAAAGCCCAGCAAGGGGGCACGACGGCGAGAGAAGAAGGCGAAGGAGGAAGCUGCUCGAGAGCAGCGGAUCCAAGAAGAACAAAACAAUCUCGUGAGCGACCGCGUUCUAGAAAACGAGAAGCUUGAAAGGAAGAUUGAGCCCUUGGGGCUGACCAUUCAAGAGAUAAAGCCGGACGGUCACUGCCUGUACCGUGCUGUCGAAAACCAGCUAUUGCUCCAUUCCAAUGGCGCUGCACAGUACAGUUACCAGGACCUACGGCAAAUGGCAGCCAAGUACAUGAGGGAGCACGCUGCUGAUUUCCUCCCGUUUUACUUAGCGGAAGGCAAGGCCGAUAUUGGACCAGAUCCCAUGGAGAGCUUCGAGAAGUACUGCGAGGAGAUGGAAUCCACUGCAGCUUGGGGUGGGCAGCUCGAACUUGGUGCGCUGACCCACUGCCUGAAGAGACAUAUCGUGGUCUACUCUGGCUCCUUCCCGGACGUGGAGAUGGGCAAAGAAUACAAAUCUGGAUCUGGAGGUAGUGGUGCCAGUGAUGCAAGCAUCAGGCUGUCGUUUCACAGGCAUGCCUAUGGUCUUGGCGAGCACUACAACUCGGUGAUUCCAGCCGAAUCAUCUUAA